UUAGUGUGUGUCUUGAGAGCAAAGCAAAUAUGGCACACUCCCAAAUUCAAAAGGUGGAAGCCAACGUGCAUAUCAAGGCUUCUGCAGAUCAGUUCCAUGAUGUUUUAUGCAACAGGACACACCAUAUUGCCAACAUUGUACCUCAAAUGGUAAAAUCUGUUGAAAUUCAUAAAGGUGAAUGGGGCACUGAGGGAUCCAUCAUCUCCUGGAACUAUUUACACGAUGGGAAAAUCUGUGUGUCUAAGGAGGUGGUUGAAAGCAUAGACAAGGAAAAGAAUAAAACAGACUUCAAGGUUAUAGAUGGUGACCUACUGAAACAUUACAAGAACUUCAAGUUUAUAGGGCAAGCUACUCCAAAGGAAGAUGGAAGUGUUGUGAAUUGGGUUCUGGAAUAUGAGAAACAAAAUUCUCACACUCCUGACCCUUACACCUUAUUGGAAUUGACAAUUGAGAUGAGCAAAGAAAUUGGUGCUUAUCUUACUCAACCCAUCAUAACUAAAUGAAUGCCAAUAUUAUCUAUGUCUUAUGCUAUAUAUUUUCUAUAUAAGAAAUAAAAAAUAAAUUAUGUCUUA